UAUUACAACGGCUUUGAGCUUUUGUCACGUGAUCUGCUGUUUGGCUAAAAGUGUAGGGCGGAGAAGAGACGCGUUCUAAAGUUUAUUUAACAUUCUAGUUAAAAUCCGGAGUUUUUUCUACAUUCUAUUUACACAAAAAUGGCAUUCUGUAGCUUUCGAGGAGGUGAAGUAUUUAAAAAUCACUUUGAACCUGGUAUAUACGUGUGUGCCAAAUGUGGCUACGAGCUGUUUUCCAGUAUAUGCAAAUACGAGCAUUCGUCCCCGUGGCCGGCCUUCACCCAGACUGUCCACGAAGACAGCGUGUCCAAGUAUGCAGAAAGAAGGGAUGCCCUUAAGGUUUCCUGUGGAAAGUGUGGGAAUGGUCUGGGCCACGAGUUUCUAAAUGAUGGUCCCAAACGCGGGCAGUCACGUUUCUGAAUAUUCAGCAGCUCGCUGAAGUUUGUCCCCAAAGAUAAAGUCGAUGGUGCUUUGGUGGGACAGUAAGGCGAGCGCUAUUACCCAGAUUUGAAGAACGUCAAUAGAAACAUGAGCGUCUUGUGCUUUGGAAGUGCUUAAUCAGUAUAUGAAGUACUCUGGGUAAACCCCAUUAGGGACAGCUAUGGUAUGGAUGAAGCGUUGAUUACACUUCACGAGUUUAAGAUGUUCUUUACCUAACAUAUGCAGAUCAUACAAUUAUUUUCCAACCUGAAUUUAAUGCACAGUCUCUACAUUUUAAAAGUGGAUACAAAAUGUUCUCACCUUUAGGAAAUCAUACUGUUUUUAACUAUUCAAUAACUCAGGAAACGCUUACUUAAAAUCAUGGGCACAUUUGUAAAAAUAAUGGGCAACAGUAGCUAUACCUAAUAAAAUAUACUGAUAAACAAUGACCUGGUACAAUAGCAAUACACGUAUACCAUGCUGUGCCACGUUUAGUGGGAGAACAUCUGGAAAUGUCCUGAACGGUUUGUGUUUUUGCUAGCGUAUCUAUCUUGCAACAUAAUGCAAAUUAUUAUUUUAAUACAUGUUUUGUCUUUCAUACUUAAAAAAAAAAAAAAAAAAAAAAUAUAUAUAUAUAUAUAUAUGUAUAUAUAUUAUUUUUUUUUUUUUUGAGUAGGAACACAUUUACAUAAUCAAUGUUGAUGGGUCAGACUACAGUUUUUAAAAAGGAUAAGCUUUAUUUAAUGCAUUCAAUUUUUUUUUUUUUUUUUAAAUGUGCACGUCUAACUCUUGUCUCUAACCUUACUUAUUGUAGCACUACCAAAAAAAAAAAAAAAAAAGUCAAAGUUCCUAAUUAAAAUGCUUUUUAAAACACAUUCAUGUUUCACUUGUGAUAAUAUUGUAAAGUGCAAUUUUGGUCUUUUCUGGUCGCAGGAUUGUGGUUGCAUUAUUAGAUACGCAGGUACAGGAGGCUGUGUGUUCCAGUGGUUAAAGAAAAGGGCUUGUAACCAGGAAGACCCCGGUUCAAAUCCCACCUCAGCCACUAACUCAUUGUGUGUGACCCUGAGCAAGUCACUUAACCUCCUUGUGCUCCGUCUUUCAGGUGAGACGUAAUUGUAAGUGACUCUGCAGCUGAUGCAUAGUUCACACACCCUAGUCUCUGUAAGUCGCCUUGGAUAAAGGCGUCUGCUAAAUAAACAAAUAAUAAUAAUAAAAGUAUGAUAUAGCACAAGCAGGCCUUAAUAGGCUAAGACUAGUAUUAAUAGAGCGUGUUUCCUCAUACUGUAACUUGGGACAGGGUAUCUUCUCCAUGUGGUACUUGAGCAAAUUGAACAAAGGCUUACAUUAUAGCCAUGCAUUUGUAUCACCAACAAACAAAUGUGUUCGAGAAAAUCAUGAAACACUCAUGUAUGUAAAACUAGCUUGAGUUUUCAGUUUUGCUUUGCUCUACUCUAUUCAUUUUGAAACACUGGAAUAAAAACUGUCAUACAAUAUCUAAUAAAAGCUAUUGACUGUUUUGUUCUUAC